GAAUUCCGUGAAGUAGUUAGUCAAACUCAAACAUUGGCGCUUUAAACACGUACAGUUUUCCGUGAAUCGGCCGUACGGCUGCGUGUGGUUCAUAUGCUUUCGCAUACGGUCGUUAUUUUUUACAAUGGGUUGUGAAUGAAUAAAAGUAAUAUUUGGCGAACAUUUUAAUUUUCUGCAGAACGACGAAUUGAAUAUACUCAUAAAUUGUGCAACGGAUAUGCAAAAUGAUAUGUGGAUUCAAACUUGUCUUGAUACUGUGUACUCAUGUAUGUGGAAGUGAAAAAUCAUAGCAAAUUAAAUGGCAUAUCUAAUUUAGUGAAAAGUGAGCAAACCCUUUCCAUAUACAAAAACAAACGAUGAAACAUAAAAUUGAAUUGUGAAUUGUGAAUUUUACUGAACGAAAAGUUAAUGUACAUUCGUAGUUUGCUCUCAAUAUCGAUUUAGGAUAUAAUCGUAUCAGAAAAAAAUAUCUAAGAAUUAAGUGAAUGGUGUUGAACACUGACACUCAAAAAUGGAUGCCAACAACUUUGUGAUGUCUUCCUAUCAGUUCGUAAAUUCGCUCGCAUCAUGCUAUCCCAACAAUGCACAACAUCCAAAUAAUAAUCAGGCUACCAGUAGUGGUGGACAAAGUGACGGCUAUUUCCCGCCAUCUGCUUACACCCCCAAUUUGUAUCCUGGCACCCCGCAUCAAGCACACUAUUCUAACCCCCAAUCAUAUAAUCCAUUGACAGCAGGAUCUGGGAAUGUAAACAGUAGCUCUAGCAGUGGAGGGCAUCAAUCGAGUGAAAUGGUUGAUUACACACAGCUGCAACCACAAAAGUUUUUAAUAAACCAACAACAGCAACAAUCCGCCCUCAGUUCUCAAAGCUGUAAAUAUGCUAGUGAUGGUGCUAGUACAGGUACAAAUGUAGGAAAUACUAGCAACAAUAAUAGUACUACAAGUCCUCAAGAUCUAAGCACAGCAAGUACUAGUAGCAGUGGAGCCGGAGGAAACACCCGACCGGAUAUCUCUCCGAAGUUAUCCCCCAGCUCAGUGGCAGAAAAUGUGUCGCGAACAAUAAAAACUCCAACUACAUCAGUUUGUUCAAACAACACUAAUAACAAUAGUGGAAAUAUUAGUAAUCGAAAUCCAGUGAAUCAAGUGAAUUUACCCCUGGGGAGCCCAGAUGGCGAUGAAUCCGAUGCAAGUGAUGAUGACAGCGGCACAGAAGGAGGUAGUUCCCAAGGAGGAGGUAGCGGAUCGAAAAAAGGAGGACCACCUCCACAAAUUUAUCCAUGGAUGAAGCGAGUGCAUAUCGGCCAGAGUACCGUGAACGCGAACGGGGAAACGAAACGUCAGCGAACAUCGUAUACGCGCUACCAAACUCUGGAAUUGGAGAAAGAGUUUCAUUUCAAUCGAUACCUGACACGCAGACGAAGAAUCGAAAUCGCUCAUGCUCUCUGCCUUACAGAGCGUCAAAUUAAAAUUUGGUUCCAAAACCGUCGAAUGAAAUGGAAAAAAGAGCAUAAAAUGGCAUCAAUGAACAUUGUUCCGUAUCACAUGUCACCGUAUGGGCAUCCCUAUCAGUUUGACAUUCAUCCGUCUCAAUUUGCACAUCUUAAAAAAAAAUAUCGUAAUACAUAUGAUAGCAAGAAGAUGAGUUCAUUUCUAAUGGGAUAUCCACACCAUUUCCAAUCCAUGGGUAUCAAUAUUGAACCUAAAUUUCCUCCGAGUGACGAAUAUGGAUUUCAUAAUGGCUAUAGCAGUGUAAAUGGAAUCACACAAUCCGGAAAUGAGUACUUACAUCUUCCACAAAGUGAUAUAUUGCACCACAAUAACGGUGUCAACAACAGUAGCGGCUACAAUGGUUACGCUCAUAGUAUGAGCGGUCAUUACUAUCAUCACCACCAUCAUCAUAAUGGCUACGCUUCUCCAGUACAAAUGCACGCAUCAACUCCAAUUUCCGCGCCUGCAGUUGUACAACCCUCAACACCAACAAACAGUUCAACGCCAAAUCAAAAUGAUGGAUACGUGUCAAAUUCAACGACUUAUUAUCCAGGCUUUUAUAGUGGUAAUGCUCAUCAAUCUUUGAUGGAUGUUCCAUUGCAGUGCUCCGAAAAUGAAGUCAGUAACACGGCACUAGGAUUGCAAGAACUAGGAUUAAAACUUGAUAGGCGAAUAGAGGAAGCUGUUCCAACAGGACAACAGCUUCAGGAGCUUGGAAUGAGGCUGAGAUGUGACGAUGUUGGAUCUGAUCAGGACGAGUAUCUCGACGAAGAACGCAUGAUGCUUGAUAGAUCGCCGGAUGAAACAGAAUCCAACGAAGGUGAACUAGAUGAAUUGGAUUCUGAUAAUGAGCUCGAUGACGAUAUAAUGAAUGCUACAAGCGAUGGCGAAAGAAUUAUUUAUCCAUGGAUGAAAAAAAUUCACGUGGCUGGUGUUGCAAACGGAUCGUACCAACCAGGAAUGGAACCGAAACGCCAGCGAACCGCCUACACUAGGCAUCAAAUUUUAGAAUUGGAGAAGGAGUUCCAUUACAAUCGUUAUCUCACCCGACGACGUCGGAUAGAAAUAGCCCACACACUGGUUCUGUCAGAGCGUCAAAUUAAAAUAUGGUUCCAGAAUCGGCGAAUGAAAUGGAAAAAAGAUAACAAACUGCCGAAUACGAAAAACGUUCGAAAGAAAAGUGGAGAUCAAGGUAAAAACAUCACAACGUGUAACUCUACGGGCGGCCCAACGAAAAAAGGUCGAAAGACUAACUCGUCAAGUUUAUCAAAUGUGAAGAAGCAAAUGAACCUACAAAGUGAAUGCUUUCGAUCCGAGAGCCUGGACAGCAUGACGGACAUCCAUAACUCAUUAAAUGGAAGCAAUCUUGCUGCAGCUCCAUACAUUUCUGCAUCGGACGUCACUGGAGUGCUACCAGUAAAUAACGCCAACAAUAUCACUUCAGAGUCAUCAUCUCAUGAACAACAGCAAUCACCAAUAUUACGCACCCCGUCGGGUAAUAGUAAUGCUAAUACAAAAGUCGCUCAUUCCAUUAGUAUUAAAAAUGACUACGAUCUAACCACUCUUUAGAAUAAAUCGAAAUUGAAAUCUGGUAUAAUAAUUUAUUUAUUCGCUCAAUACUAAGAUAUUGAAAGUAUCCACCGAUUAUAAAAUUAACAAUUUAUAGGUACCCUUCAGAAACUAACCGAAUACCAAUGAUUACAAUGCAAUUAUGCAAAAUUGAAAGCACUCUAAUGGCCUAAACACAACGACAGCGGUUAAAGAAAAUGUGGACAGAGAAUAUUCAUACCGUUCCGCUGCAUUGUGUUUGAACGAUAAGUAUUACCGUCCACCAUUGAAAACAUAAUUUUGAAAAUACUUCUGAAAGUGAAAAUGAAAAAUAUCCGUUCGAUAAGAAGUAACAAAAAUCGUUGAAUCAUUACUACAAUAACGUUUGUAUUUGACAUGGUUUGUUAUGUUCCAAACCCUUUCGAAAUUCUGUAUAGCAGAAAAUUAAUCUGAAGCUAAAACUUACAUGAAUCCAUAUCCUCAUAGAUAUUUGCGUUUUUUGUUUUCAUCGUAAUUCAUAUAAUUUACACAAGAUUGCAACGCCUUAUCGAUGCACACAGCCCGACACCUUUAUUACAAGAGUUUCAAGUUUGGAAAUAUACUAAGCUUGAUAAAAUCAUCGGAUUCUUUAUUUGAUUCAUUCGAUUCCCAUCGCCUAGUAAAAUAGGAUUAUAGAUAUAUGGUAGAAACAUCUUCAAAAUGCUGAAGUAUUAUUGUGUCAUUUAUAAAAUUCGGAUGAAACAGUGAUGUAGUUUAAGAUAAUUUUUGAAUGAUGUAAAUAAUUGUACAGAGUAAAAUGCUCGAAAGGGAACUUUUUAUGCAGCAUAGUAAAAUUGGUUUUGUGCCAUUUAAAAUAAUUUAGUAGUUUAUCACCUGUAUAUAAUCAUUUAGAAAUAAUUGUGGUGAACAUCAAAUCUGAAAUUUUAAAAAAUUAGAGUGUAUUCGAUUUUAAUUAGUGAGGUGGUCCAGAAUUUAGUUAUUGUAAAAAACAAUAAAAAUAAUAAGUUUAAUUAUUCAAAGAGAAUAUAUGUUCACAAGAACUGGUACUGAAAAUUUCAAAAUUUUGUUCUUUCUGGAUCCCGACUUAGUACGGAGAUUGGAUGUGAGUUUAUAGAGCUUAAUUUCAUUGAAUUUCUCUACAGUACAUUUAAGAAUACAUAGCACAUUAUGCAUAAAUGACUAAAUCACCCACGAAAACACCAUGUUAUCAGGUAAGGUUCUUAUUCUUUCAACACUAUAACGAAAGGUAAUUUACUUUCAACACUCUAAUGCAAACUGUUUGAAUAUUUAAUCUGAGUAAUGUUUUCUACUCAUGUUGGAAUAAAUUAAAAAAUAGUUUUUAUUCUGCAAUAUUUCCGGCUACCAUUCACUUUUUCACUUAUACUUUAAAAAAACCAUUUAAAUUAUUUUCAUCUUAUUCUAUGUGUCAUCCAACUUGUCUGAUUAAAAUAUUUAUGUUAUAUUAAUGAAUGAUUAAAAAUCAUUCACGAAUAUCUUCAACUCUUUUAGUUCGCUUUUUUCAAUGAAUGAAAACUUUAAGAUGUCACUUUUGUUUUUACUUAUCCAGUGUGAAAUUGACAAAAUAACUUUUAGCGUAAAACUUAAACCAUGUUAACCGGAGCGUGAGGAAAAGCAAUUCGGCAACCAUCAUCAUAAAAAGAUUCCACACCGGAAGUAACUAAACUGAUUAUCGAUUGAUCGCUUCUAUUUUGACAGAACGAAUCUAAACAAAAUCAAAUGUAAAGUAUCUAAAGUAAAGUAAAGUUCCCAAACCAGGAAUACAUAGUUUAUUUGUUUGUUUGUGUAUCGAAGCCGCCUGAAGAAAAUUGGACUCAUUUGGAAGUUUCCUAGAUCCCAAUAAAAGGAACUAACGAAAAAGACGAAAACCAUACGGACGAUAUUUUAAAAUUCAUAAAAAUAUAUACAAGAAACAACAUUUUGACUAAUCGAGAGCUCCGAGCUCCUAGUACAAUCAGAGACAAAUGGCAUAUUAUUAAAAAAUUCGUCAGUAUUUUUAUAACUGGUUGCAUCUUACAAAUUAAUGCUCACUCUCAUAGCAGUACCUCGCCGGGAGAUAGUUUGAAAAAAAAAACUCUUCCAAAUCCAUCUAGUGGGAUGAUAGUACCUUACUCUUGGCAUUGAAAUAGUCUCAUUAUAACAUUUAUUUGAAUGUAUCUUCGGAACAAAUAUUGUUCGCCAUUCGCCGUUCGUCAACUGAACUAAUAGUAGCUUCCAAAAAUGCGUCUAAGAUAUUAGAAAUCGAUUUAGGCAUCUUCGAGAAAUUUUUGCGUAUUAAAAAAUAAUGCGAUUUGUCGGUUACGUUACCCAUUAGAUUACAUCUUCCUUAUCAGAAAUGCUCUCCAAAACCCUUCCAAACUUGAUCUAUGGCCUCAGAGUUUGAGCUUCAAACUUGAUCGAUAAAUAUAUAGUAGCUUUUAAACGAGCCUAAGCUUGUUGAAAUCGGUUCAGCUGUUAUCGAAAAAUUGUAGCGAUGAAGAAGAAAAAUGUGUGUUUUAUCGAUUAUGUCAUUUAUAUCAUUGCAUCUAUAGAAUCGGAAGUAACAAUUUCAUCUUCGAACAUGAUCAAUUAACCAAUAGUAACUAUCUUACAAACUUAAGUUUGUUGAAAUCGGUUCAUCCAUAACCGAUAAAAUUAAUCGAAGAAACAAGAGUGUGUUUUCUCGCUUAUGCCAUUCUUUUUCCAGAACUUGAAGCUCCUGCUUAAUUUGAUCUUUGAACUUAAUAAACGACACAAUAGUAGCUUUCAAACGAAAAGAAGAUUGUUUAAAUUGAUUCUGCCAUCUACGAUAAUAUUACAUACAUACAUUUUCCUGUCUCGUCGAAUGGUCGAAAAGUGUAUUAUAACAAGGACUCCUAUCCAAAGUCGGUUUUGCGAACAAUUCUAUGUCAUUUCACUAGAGAAAGGCAAAUAGCUCUAGCACUGUAUGUUCCAAAGGAUAAAUCGAUGCUCAUCAAUUCACAAUAACACAAUGUUAUGAGCUCAAUUUUUAUGGUAUGACGUUAUUUAAACGUCUCACUAUUCGAUUUAUUUUCUUAAUACCAUACAGUGGUAAUAUUAAUGUCGAUUUUGCUCUCAUUUUCCAGCAAAGAUAUUCAAUUGUUUGCUUUUAUAAUACAAUAUAAAUAGAAUGACAACCACCGGUAUGGAAAUAUGGCUGAACCUCAAUAAAAUAGUAACGCUUUGCGUAAUUAGAAUCCGCAAAGAGCAUGUUAAAAGAGUAAUCCGGAUUACGCAAUAUUUUUCUUGAGAGACCUUUAUAAUUGAUUACCGUACUGGAAAAAAGGAUGCAUUUAAUCAUGUUGCUCAACCAUUGAGUUUAUUUCUUCUUUUUUUUCUUUAAAAGAUUGUUUAAUGAAGAGCCCAGCUGAUAUCAACAUAAUUCAGAAACUUAGUUUUACAAUAGAAAAUGUUACUAAACCGAAAUUGAACCUGAGCUAUAGUGUAACUUGGUAAAGAAUCAAAACGAAUCAAAGUUUUCGAGUAAUUCAUUUCAAACUUUUGGAUAGUUUAUAGAAUAUUUAAUGAGAUUGCCGUAAUAGUUAUUGUUGAUCUCAUAAUCAAUAUUUUCGAUUAGAUAUUCUGAGAUAUGUUUUAGACUUUGAGAGCCAUAUAAUUCACUUUCACUUAUACACAAUAGUUAGUUACAUUUCAUCACUCUUCCGACUUCAGCCGUAUUGCUUCAAUUCAGACCGUGUAUAUUCGUCCGGGUUUGCGAUCCAAGCGAGACUAACCUGAUGCCUACUCAUGAGAUCAAGCUUUAGUAACUUCUGUCUACUCUGAGUGUUGAUAAUAAUUUUUGUAUAUUAUGUUUGUAUCAUGGAAAAAGAUCCCCUAUCCUAGCGUAUUUCUACUAUUAUUCGCGACUGUCAUUUUCAUCGGUAUUUGUAACAAAACAACGACGAUAAUUUGUACAUAUGAUUAUAAGUGUAAGCAGUAAGAAACUAAAACAAAAAUAAAUAAUUAUUUUUCACA